AUGGAUGGAUAUGCUGAUUAUCCAAAUAGUUUGGUGGAUGAAAUGGUUGAUUUUGUAGUGGUGAUGCACGCCGGCGGCGAGGUCACCGUUGUUUGCGCCGGCGAGGCUGCCGAGAUGCUCCGUUUCCCCUUCCGCUGUAACCCAACACUUCUUCGAUCUUCGGGCAUGUUCCAGUUGGUCUCUCCGGCAGCUGUUCCAAUCGUCGAUCCACUUGCAUCAGCUUAUUUGGUAUCAGAGCCAAGCGAUUGGAAGGUAGGCAUGACGGAGCGCGGCAAGGAACCAACCUCCGACGUGGUCGUGAGCUUAGAAAGUGUUUGGGCAAACCAAAACACUCUCCGGAAUCAGCUGGAGACAUUGUCCGCUGAUGUCCAGAGAUUGCAUAUUGAGAUUCGCCGCGAGUUCAAUCUCAAUCGGGCGAGACCGCAGCUGCAUCCCCCACACCGGAAUGACUUUCCGGCCCCGCACACUAUGCCGCGGAGGGGUAUCAAUCCAGGAAGGCAACCCAGGACAAUGCCUACAUUUCACCAGGAAAUGUCAGAUUCAGAGGAAGAGACAAUAAUGAAUCCGGUAAUGGAUUUUGUAGAAUCAGAUGAAGAAGAUGGUACUCUCCGCAUCCCGCCUGAAAAUCGUCAAUACCGUCGUCCAGCAAUGCCGCCUUCGAGACCGGGCGAAUUUAAGAUUAAAGUAGACGUUCCCUACUUUGAUGGCCACCUACACAUUGAAGACUAUCUUGACUGGGAGAAAGCAGUCGAAAACUUCUUCGAUUACAUGGAUAUUGAACCUGAUCGACAGGUGAAAUACGUAGCAUGUCGUUUACGUGGUGGUGCUAGUGCUUGGUGGGAUCAGAUCAGCCAAAUCCGUCUACGUGAAGGCCGGACUCGGGUUCGCAGUUGGAACCGGAUGAAACAGUUGCUCCGAGCUCAAUUCUUACCGACAGAUUUUGAACAAAUCAUGUACAUUUGGUAUCAACAUUGUGUGCAGGGUAGUCGAUCAGUUAGUGAGUACACAGAGGAAUUCAACCGACUGAGCGCCCGAAACAACUUAAAUGAAUCCAAUAAUCAGUUGGUCGCCCGAUACAUUGGUGGUCUUAAAGACAGCAUCCAAGACAAACUAGAGCUUAAUACCGUUUGGUCGUUGGCACAAGCCAUCAAUUUCGCAUUCAAGGUGGAAAUGCAACAGAGCAGGCUAUCUAAAACACCUUCCACUCGUCGGCAAUGGCAAGAUUCAGCGGCUGGAUCUAGUAAAUUCUCCCCACAAACUGUGCGCAGCCCCCAGCCGCCCCUACUACCCACACCAACGACAACUACUGUCAAUCCAGGAGGUGAUCCGAAACUACCACUCAAAGCCCGACCUGCAGGUUCCGAAGAAGGGGAAUUAUGUGAGGCCGAAAUCACAGGAGAACAAGAAAUUGAGGAUGUGGAAGCUGAUGACGGCGAACCCUUGAUAUGCAUUUUGGAAAAACUUUUAUUGGCACCCCGACAGAGCUCGCCGUCUCAACGUCAUGCUCUUUUCCGAACAAGAUGCACCGUUAACGGUAAAGUUUGCGACCUGCUAAUUGACAGUGGGUGUACUGAGAACAUCAUAUCGCGGUCGGUCGUUCAAAGUCUACAGCUGAAGACAACCAAAAGUGCAAGUCCUUACAAAAUAACUUGGGUUAAAAGGGGCAUUGACAUUGCAGUCACAGAAUCCUGCAGAGUGACCUUCUCCAUUGGAAAGCAAUAUGUCUGUGAAAUAGUUUGCGAUGUCCUGGAUAUGGACGUCUGUCACAUUAUUUUGGGGAGACCUUGGCAGUUCGAUGCGGGUGCCAUUUACGACUGCCGAGCCAAUGUUUACACGUUGGAGUGGAAGGGACGACGGCUCCGUCUGCUUCCCCAUUGUGAUGCUCACGUCAAAGUUCAACCUCCUAAACAAGCAGCUAUGCAUCUAGUCACGGGUCGCAAUUUGGUCCGCUGCUGGCAAGAACAUUCACCCAUGUUCGCCCUCUUACUGGCCGAGUCCAAUGCCGCUCCACAACAGCAAUGUCCCAACAAUGAUAUCAACCAAUUGCUGCAGCAAUACCGUGAACUCACACCGGAUGAACUACCAGCUGAAUUGCCUCCAUUACGGGAUAUACAACACUGUAUAGACUUGACUUUGGGCGCCAGCUUACCGAACUUGCCACAUUACCGUCUGAACCCCAAGGAGCAACAAAUACUGCAAGGAUUGAUUGAUGACCUGCUCGAAAAACAGUCUAUCCAGCCGAGUAUGAGUCCUUGUGCCGUCCCGGCUCUACUCGUUCCGAAGAAGGAUGGAAGCUGGCGGAUGUGCGUUGACAGUCGAGCAAUUAAUAAGAUCACGGUCAAGUACAGGUUUCCGGUGCCUCGCAUUGACGAACUAUUAGAUCAGCUAUCGGGAUCGUCCAUUUUCUCUAAAUUGGACCUUCGGAGCGGCUACCACCAAAUCCGCAUUCGUCCCGGUGACGAAUGGAAAACGGCAUUCAAGACGCCGCAGGGACUCUUCGAAUGGAAAGUCAUGCCCUUCGGGCUGUGCAAUGCGCCGUCUACCUUCAUGAGAAUGAUGAAUGAGCUUCUAAAGCCAUUUAUGGGGAAAUUCUGCAUAGUAUAUUUCGAUGAUAUACUAGUUUAUAGCACAAAUUGGCAAGAUCAUUUGACCCACUUGGUAGCUUUGUUUGAUGUGCUGAAACAGCAACGGUUGUUCAUCAACCUACCCAAGUGUGAGCUGGGUGUUUCCCAAGUUUACUUCUUAGGCUUCAUUGUAUCGGCAGAUGGGGUAUGCAUGGACCCAAAAAAGAUUGAAGCCAUUAUUGAUUGGCCAACACCACGAACCUUUACAGAAAUCAGGAGCUUCCACGGCUUAGCCAACUUUUACCGAAAGUUUAUCAAAGACUUUAGUCUUAUAAUGGCACCCAUUACGGACUCCCUCAAGUCCAAGACGUUUGAUUGGGCCGAGCCUCAACAGCAAGCAUUUGAGCAGGUUAAAGCUGCCAUCAGUUCGGCUCCAGUCCUCGCACUCCCCGACUUUGACAAGCCGUUUACAGUUGAUACAGAUGCCUCCGCUAUUGGUGUUGGCGCCGUUCUUUCUCAGUCCGACAAGCCCGUUGCGUUUUUUAGUGAGAAAUUGUCCGCCUCAAGACAGAAGUGGGCUGCUUAUGAACAGGAACUUUAUGCCAUUGUGAGAGCACUCAAACAAUGGGAGCAAUAUCUACUUCAUCAAGAUUUCAUACUCUGCAGUGACAACAAGGCUCUCUCGUACAUUAACAGCCAAAAGAACAUUAAUAGGAUGCAUGCGCGUUGGAUAAUGUUCUUACAGCGUUUUUCUUUUACAAUUAGACACAAACCUGGCGUUAAUAACCGGGUGGCCGAUGCUUUGAGCCGGAAGAGAAGCUUAUUGAUCCAAUUGCAAACACAAAUUACCGGUUUUGACUGUCUACGAGACCUAUACGCGGAUGAUCCAGAAUUUUGUAACAUUUGGAAACAAUGUCAAUUAGCGCAACCGCCCGAAGACUACUCUAUCCGCCAUGGCUAUUUGUUCAAAAAGAACUUACUAUGCAUACCAGUAUCCUCAUGGCGGCUGCAGCUGAUCCGUGAAGCACACAGUGGGGCACUCGCAGCUCACGCAGGACGUGAUAAUACCCUCCGGCAGUUACAGGUUCGUUUUUUUUUGGCCACGUUUGAGACGUGA